GCUUCCAGCCUCUUAUCUGUUUUUCUCACACCAGCUCUGAAUUUAGAGCUGGCUCAUCCUGGGUUCCUUUCUUGGCCCCACCACUUGCUGACUGUGUCCUUGGCCAUUGUCUUAACCUCCUAAGCCUGAGGAGUAGCUGGAGAGGGGGGAGUGGCUGAGGGUCAGGAGCCAGGCCAAGUGGUAGCAAAGGCCUCAGGAGUCGCAGAUGUGGGAGGGGUUGCCGAGGCUAGUCGGGGCCUAGAGAGGCGAGCCGUGCCAGGGAGGGGCAGCCGGGGCUCCAGCGCCGUGGCUGGAGGAGCACCAGGUGCAGCGGGGAAGACUGGCCUGGGGAGGGGCAAGUGCAGCCGUAGGCAGGCAGCCGCCCUUCCCCGAAGGAGCCCCCAGAAGUCAGAUUCUCUGCACUCCCCCACCCCCACCCCGCUCCAGGCUGACACCCACACUGCUCUAGCCCUCUCUGGCUGUUUCUCUGGCAGCGUUUCUGACGGUGUCUCUGGCAAUGUGUCCGACUGUGUGUCUGAGUGUCCCUGGCAGUGUUCUGAGUGCUGUGGAGACUUCCUGACUGAGCAUCUGGCUGCGUCUCUGGCCCUCUCUCCGGCUGUUUUUCUGGGUGUAUGCCUGUUUGCGUCUGUCAGUUUCCCUGGUGUUUCUCUGCUUGUGCGUCAGGCAGUUUCUCUGGCAGGGUUUCUGACAGUGUCCCUGGCCUGUGUCGCUGAUGGCUGCUUCUCUGACUGGGCUUCUUGCUCUUUCUCUGAUACAUCUGCCUGCAUCUGGCUGAGUGUGGUACAGUGUUUCUGGUGGGCCCUUUGACUGCGUGUUGGCUGUUCUCUGGCCGUGUCUCUGGCUGGUUAUCUGGUUGAUCUACCUGUUUCUCUGGCUGGUGCCCCACGCAGUCUCUCCAGCCUGUGUGUAGGCUCUUUCUGCGGGGCUCUGUCUCCUGUUGAGGGCAGAGUCUUUGCUGUGUGUCUGACUGUGCCUCUGGUAGGGGCCCCGGUUGAGUGUCUGGGAGUGGUCUGUCUCUGGAUCUCUGCUCUGUCUUGUUGACAGAACUUUGUCUCUCUUCAGGACUGGAAUGAGAGAGAUUUGGAACCUUUUGGGCAGGAGCUGGCCGUUUCCCUCUCCUUAGGUAUAGGUGUGUGCUGGGGUGGAACAGUGUGAGGGCAGCUGGACCCAUCCUAGAAGCAGGUCAAUGCAUUGAGGGGCCACUGGGUCCAUCCUGGCUUCUGGAAACACAUCCUGACUGUGCAGUGUGUACCCACAUGGGAGUGUGCAGACACUGACGGACAUCUGCUGAACUGGGGCUCUCAGGCUCCUGGGCUGAAGGGUGAUAGGCUGGGGUCCCUGACUGGGACAUAUAUCUGAAAAGCCUUCAUCCUUCUCAUGAUCACUGGUGUCCGCUAAAGCAGAAACCACAUCUGACCUGCUCACAGUGUAGCGCUGCCCUGAUACCCUGCUGCUCUGAACAUCACAGAGCCCUGCUGGGCAAGGCUCACUUGGGGGUGAGGGGGUGCAGGUAGGGGUAACGUGGUAGGGCAUAUCCAAGGGUCUCUCCCCAGAAGCAUGGCAGGGGCCUUCCGUUCAAGGCAGUUUGGAGAUGUAUAGACUUCCAAUCAAGUUAAAGCAUUACCCUUUCAGUUUGCAGUGUUUAUAGCUAAUUAGCUAACCUCACCAGUAAAGUUAUUUUUUUUCUAGAAAAAUGGCCCUAGCAUUACCAGUGUUCUAUAACUCAUCUGCGGUUGACUACAUCCUGCAGCCAGCUUCCUUAUUGAACAACAAACCGCUGUAGGUUGCCUUCUACCAUCUCAGCAAACCUUUGCCUACAGAUGCCAAUAAGAUGGCUGCUCCUGUCCCGUGGGCCUGCUGUGCCGUGCUCGCUGCCGCUGCUGCCGUGGUCUACGCCCAGAGACACAGUCCGCAGGAGACUCCCCACGUGCAGUACGAGCGCCUGGGCUCAGACGUGACUCUGCCGUGUGGGACCGCCAGCUGGGACGCGGCGGUGACGUGGCGGGUGAAUGGCACAGACCUGGCCCCUGACCUGCUCAACGGCUCUCAGCUCGUGCUCCGGAGCCUGGAGCUGGGCCACGGCGGCCUCUACGCCUGCUUCCACCGCGACUCCUGGCACCUGCGCCACCAGGUGCUUCUCCAUGUGGGCUUGCCGCCGCGGGAGCCUGUGCUCAGCUGCCGCUCCAACACUUAUCCCAAGGGCUUCUACUGCAGCUGGCAUCUGCCCACUCCCACCUACAUCCCCAACACCUUCAAUGUGACUGUGCUGCACGGCUCCAAAAUAAUGGUCUGUGAGAAGGACCCGGCCGUCAAGAACCGUUGCCACAUCCGCUACAUGCACCUGUUCUCCACCGUCAAGUACAAGGUCUCGAUAAGUGUCAGCAAUGCCCUGGGCCACAAUGCCACAGCCAUCACCUUUGAUGAGUUCACCAUCGUGAAGCCUGACCCUCCGGAAAACGUGGUAGCCCGGCCAGUGCCCAGCAACCCGCGCCGGCUAGAGGUGACGUGGCAGACCCCGUCGACCUGGCCCGACCCCGAGUCCUUUCCUCUCAAGUUCUUUCUGCGCUAUCGACCCCUCAUCCUGGACCAGUGGCAGCAUGUGGAGCUGUCAGACGGCACAGCACACACCAUCACAGAUGCCUACGCUGGCAAGGAGUACAUCAUCCAGGUGGCGGCCAAGGACAACGAGAUUGGGACAUGGAGCGACUGGAGCGUGGCUGCCCACGCCACACCCUGGACGGAGGAGCCACGACACCUGACCACUGAGGCCCAGGCCCCCGAGACCACGACCAGCACCACCAGCUCACUGGCACCCCCGCCCACCACGAAGAUCUGUGACCCCGGGGAGCUGGGCAGCGGCGGGGCAACCUCGGCGCCCUCCUUCGUCAGUGUCCCUGUUACUCUGGCCCUGGCUGCCGCUGCCACCACUGCCAGCAGUCUCCUGAUCUGAGCCCGGCAUCCUGUGAGGACACGCCAGCGCACCUGCAGAGGAGCAGGAGGCCGGAGCUGAGCCCGAAGACCCCGGUUUCUAUUUUGCACACGGGCAGGAGAGCCUUCUGCAUUCUCUUCAGACACAAUUUGUAGAGACCCCGGCAGGCCCGGGCCUGCCGUGCCUCCCCUGGCCCCGCCACCCCAUGCCGGCCCACCUCCCUCCCUCACGGGAGGGGGCCAUGCAGCUAACCCACCCACCAAAGACCCCACCACCCGCCCCUAUCCUGCCCCCCUGGGGCUGGACCCUCCAACGCCAGCGACUCCCAGGAGCCCUUGGGGGGGCCUGAGGGGAGCCCCUCACAUCCAGUCUCUCCUCCUGUCUCCCCCUCCUGUCUGUCCCAGGGUCUCUGUUGCCACCAUCAGAUUAUAAGCUCCUGACGCUGGGGGGGCCCAGCCAUCCCCUUCCCCCCAGCGCCCACACUUUUCAGUCCCCCACCUCUGCCCCUGUUUUUGUACGACCCUCUACCUUUCUUGCUCCCACCCCACAGUAUUUAAUGCCCUGUCAGUCCCUUCUAGUCUGACUCAAUGGUAACUUGCUGUAUUUGAAUUUUUUAUAGAUGUAUAUACAGGGGUGGGGGUGGGGGGGUUCUCAUUAAACGUCACCAUUUCAUGAG